AUCAAACGAACUUUGCUAAAUAUCGUCGAAAACAUAUUCAACAGUUUAAGUGCACAACACGAAUGGGAAAAUAACGACAUUUGUGAAGCUUUUGACAUCAUUUAUAUGAGAGCUACUCAAAAACCAACAACAACGGAAGAACUUAUCGAAAUUGGAAAAUACAUGGCGUGGGUCAGGACGGAAUAUUUGGACGAACUAAAAGAACGAGUAAUGCAAGCCUUGACUUAUCUCACAAAACUGAUUCAGUUAGGACCUUUGAACGAUAACCACAUAAUUCUAAACGCCAAAGCGAUUAAUUGGUUAGAUGCCAUUUUACCAAUUUUGGAGGAAAAUAGCACCACUUUCGAACAACUCAAAUUCGAAGCCGAGGAAAAGUUGCAGAAAGUCAUUGAGGACAUUAAUGUUGAUAUUAAAGACGUUUACCCCUUGCUUGAUAUUUUGGACUCGAUGGACAAUAUUCAAAGUGUACGUGGUUACCUAAACACAAUAACCCUGCACAUGGUUAAAAUAAAGAAAAUUGAAGCUAAAAUCGACUGGAUAAAUCGCGAGGAAGUCUCCCUAAGUUUCCCCAAGUCGGCGUACUCAGAAUUUGACGACCUUAAAAAUUACGUUUAUCCCUUUUACCAUUUGUUGAAACUGUGUUUAGACGUCCAGAGGAACAUAUCAGUGUGGCUGGACGGGCAAUUUGAUUUAAUAAAUUACAGCAAGGUUAAAGAAAAGGUUGAGAAAUAUUUGAAGGAUUUGUUGAGAACGCAAAAAGUUUACCGAAGCAAACUGCGCCAGGCACAGGACGAGAAUUUAUCUUUGCGAUUUAAAGGAACCGUUGAUGAUCCUGAUAUGCUAAAUUGGCCGGCCCCUUUAAAAUUAUGUUCCAAAGCAAUUAAGUUAAUUCAAGAUUUUGAGCCUUCACUGGCUGUAAUAAAAAUAAUGUGUAAUGAGGCGUUGAUGAAACGGCAUUGGAAAAAAAUGUCGAAAGUUGCCGGGUUUGAUGUCACACCAAACGCGGGCACAACGCUGCGAAAAAUUAUUGAAAUUGAUUUGACUCCGAAUAUUGAUAAAUACGAUCAGAUCAGCUUCUCGGCGACGAAGGAGCGGGAGCUGCUGCUGAAUUUGGAGGCGAUGUUGCAGGAAUGGACUGAUGUUAAUUUCACAACACAAGAUCACAAGCAAAUUCAAAUAAUUACGCAGAUGGAAGACAUCGAAGUCGUAGCUGACGAUCACAUAAUUAAAGUAAUAAACAUGCUGAACUCGAUUUACGUCAAGCCUUACGACAAUCAAGUUAAAGACUUUUACAAUAAACUGCUCCAAAUCAGUAAAACAAUUCAAGAAUGCCGACAAGCGCAGCAACAAUGGCUUCAUUUCUUUCCACUAUUUUUAUGCCACGAAAUCACAAUUCAAAUGAGCGCUGAAACGGAAGUAUUCAAACAAAUUACAAACACUUACACAAAUUACAUUCAAAUGAUUCAAACACAACCUAAUGUAUACACAACUGUCAACAGCACAAAUAUGCUACAAGACCUCGUCCAUUGUAACGAACAGUUCGAAUUUAUUAAUCAAGGUGUCAGCCUGUAUUUCGGAAAAAUCCGCCGCUAUUUCCCACGAUUUUAUUUCGUCUCCAACGACGAAAUGUUUCGCAUUUUGUCUUUAACUAAAGACCCCACAAAGAUUCACCGUUUCAUCAAAAGUUUAUUCUAUGAAAUAAGAGAUUUGCGAUUCAAUGAGAACUUUGUCGUUUCUGGAAUUGUAAGUGAAAAUAACGAAACUCUACCCUUAAUUGAAACCGUUGACACACAAAAAUUUCAAGGAUGUGUUGAAAUGUGGUUGAAGGAAUUACAAAAUCAAAUUAUUGGAACGAUUCGACAAAUGAUAGGAGAUUCCUACAGCAAAUACAAUCAACAAAAUUGGACAUUACAGUGGCCGUGUCAGGUGCUACUUGCAGCUACAAAAAUCGAUUUUACCAUCAACGGACAUGAAGCUAUCAACAAGCAUACUUUAAACAAUUACCAAACAGAAAUUUCUAAUAAUAUCAAAAGCACUGUCAAUACACUCAAAACAACUCUCAAUAAUACCCUCAAGGCAAAUAUCCGAUCACUUCUAAUCGCAUUAGCCAACAAUAGGGACAUAAUAACUGACAUAAAUCACUCACAAAUUACAAGCGAUCACGACUUCAAAUGGCUGUCGCACCUUAGAUAUUAUCUAUCGGAGGAAAACGUCCUCACAGUCAAAAUUUUCGACACGGAAAUCAAAUACGGUUACGAAUAUUUGGGAACGUGCGAUCAGAUUGUUGUGACACCAGAGACGGAAAGAUGUUACCACACUCUAAUUCUAGCCUACAAACACCACCUCUGUGUCAAUACACAAGGCCCUACAGGGUCAGGAAAAACAGAAAGCGCCAAAAGCUUGGCAAAAGCUCUAGCCGUGCAAUGCACAUUUUUCAACUGCUCUCAACCCAUCAAACUCGAAGUAAUAACUGAAUUUUUGAAAGGAGUCGCAUCGAAUGGCUCGUGGCUCGUUCUCGAAGAGUUUGAAAAAAUCCAACUUGACGUGUGCUCGAUUUUGUCGCAAGAAAUUUUCAAAAUUUCGACGGCCUUAAAGGGAGCUUUAGACGUGGUUGUAUUAAACUCAACUCACAUUGACAUCAACAAGUGUUUUAUUUGUUGCACAAUGACAAGGCCUAAAGACUUGCCAGAAAGUUUCAAAAUAUUGUUUCGCCCACUUGCUUUGACUCUUCCCGACAUCCACAUUAUAGCCCAAGUGAGUUUGCUGUCAAGUGGUUACGAGAGUUCAGUCAAAUUGGGACGCAAAAUCGUCAACGUGCAUUCGCUAAUGCGUGAUUUAUUACCAUUGUCAAAACUUGACUUUGGGCUAAGAGCAAUUAAUGAGAUUUUAAACACGUGUGCCAGAUUUUUUUGCACUGAAAAAAACGAAGAGGAAAUUGUCGAUUUAAGUAUUCGGCACGUCACUAUCCCCAAACUAUCAACUACAGAAAUGGGUGUUUUUGACAACAUUUUGCGGCACAUUUUUCCCUCAGUGAAACACACAAGUGAAGUUUUAAGCGUGGAUGCUGUAACAAAAGUGUGUCAAAAUCUCAGUUUAAGUGCUACUAAACCGUUUGUCUGUAAAGUGUUGGAACUGAAAGAAAUAAAAAGACGCAAUACUGGCGUUAUCAUUGUGGGUUUAACUAUGACAGGGAAAACUACCCUUGUUCGAGUCUUGCAAGCAACUUUUGGCGAUAAAAAAAUCGAAGUGAAAAUUCUCAACGCUAAAACGCUGUCUCUCAAGCAACUUUAUGGUGGUUUUGAUGGUGGUCUUCAAUGGAGCGAUGGAAUAAUUACAAAAUAUCUCAGAGAGGAUGCUGAGGACGAAGACUGGAUUGUUGUGGACGGCUCCGCUGACCCGUCUCUAGCCGACAAUUUAAAUACAGUACUGGACGAAAAUCGAAAACUUUGUCUGUCUUCAGGUGAAGUGUUACAUUUGACUCGAAAUAAGUGGAUUUUUUUUGAACUUGAAAAUCUCGGAAAAGCCUCGCCGGCAAUGAUUUCACGCUGUGGUAUUAUUUACAUGAACUCGAAUGUAAUUGGAUGGCAACCUUUGGUAACAUCGUGGUUGCAGCACAACGAUUUUGAGUUUCAAAAAGGCUACGAAGAAAAUUUCACGGUUCUCUUUGACUGGGUUAUUGCUCCGUGCUUAGAAUUUGUCCGAAGCUGUUGCCACCAGCUCUGCAAACUCAAUGAAAUUGGUUUGGUCAAAACAACAAUUCAAGUUCUCGAAAUGCUGUUGGUUGAAGCUUACGAAGCGGUUCUCCGAAAAGACGAAGAUGUGAAAAAUCUGGUUUCUUGGAUCCAAGCAAGUUUCAUCCAAGCGGUGAUUUGGGGAGUUGGUUCAAACCUUGAUUUAAAUUCACGCCAAAAGUUUGAUGAAUUCUUUAAACAACUCUGGAGAGGUCAAAACAAAUCGUAUCCUUAUCCCAGUAGUUUAGAAAAGGUCGAGGUUAAUGUCCCAGCCGACGAACUGAUUUUUGACCAUAGCUAUCUCUACAAAUCUAAGGGUAAUUGGAAGUUUUGGCCCGAUGUGUUAAAAAACGAAAAAAUUGAAGAGUCGGACUAUCUCCUUGACUUAUUUGUGCCCACUAACGACACGAUUAAAUAUACGACGAUAAUUAAUUUGCACAUUACACACAAUUAUCCCCUUUUAUUAAACGGACCUUCCGGUACCGGAAAAAGUUCUUGCAUAUCAGACGUGAUAAUGAACAAAAUUGAUAAAAACUUAUACGAGCCCAGUUUCCUCACUUUCACGGCUACGACAACCCCGAAUGCGACCCAACAAUUAAUUUUGUCAAAACUUUUCAAGAAAAAGUCAGGCCGUUAUGGUCCUUCUGAGGGCAAGAAGUGUAUUUUAUGCAUCGAGGAUUUGAGUGAGCCUAUUAGGGACGAUUUCGGGUGCCAACCUACGUUGGAAUUAAUCCGUGAACUAUUUGAUCACAAAAAGUGGUUCCACCUGGAUAAUUUCAAACCUUUGUGUAUUGACAACGUAAACGUCGUUGCCUCAAUGACCAACAACCAAGACAUGUGCCAAAGGUUUUUGCGGCAUUUUAACGUUUUCUCAAUCAAUUCGUUGCAAGAAGACAGCGUUUUGCGCAUCUUUUCGAACGUUCUCCUAACCAAAUGGAAGAAAAUUGGCUUUCCUAGUGACAUAAUCGGAACUGUUAGCCAAAUUGUAGCUUCAACUUUUCAUUUUUAUAAAUCGGUUUUGUCAUUACGGCCCACUCUUGACUGGAAUUUUUAUUAUUUUAACAUGAGGAACUUUUCACGGGUCAUACAAGUUUGCUCCAUGAUACGUAAAGAAAGUGCCGAUACAAAUAAAAAACUAUUUCUUAAAUUAUGGGCACAUGAAAUCGUGCGGAUUUUGGGUGAUCGGUUAUUAGAUAAGGACCAGGAGUGGCUUUUUGGUAAUAUAAAAUUUUGCGUUGAGGAACAUUUUAAAGAAGACUUUGGACAUUUGUUUGAGAAUUUGCCAAAAAAUGAACACAUGGAACCGGAUUUGUCAAAAAUUUUGUUUGGCACGUAUGGUGACAAGGGUUCCACGUGUUUUGAUGAAACUGAUAUUUGUAAAUUGAAGGAAAUUGCGACUAACUGUCUUAGAGAAUAUAACAGAGAUAAUUUAAAUAAAAUUGAUUUGGUUCUCUUCGAUCACGCGUUAGAACAUUUGUCUAAAAUAUGUCGAAUUCUUUCAAUACCUUAUUGUAAUUUGAUACAAGUCGGCAUGUGUGGCACCGGUCGCCAAACUUUGGUUAAACUAGCUUGCUUAAUAAUGAACCAAAAUUUUUUCAAAAUUGAAAUUACCGAAAAAUAUAAAUUGGAUGAUUGGCACCGGACUGUUAAAGCUUUCCUUAAAGAAGCGGGAGGUUAUGGACGACCUUGCACUUUUUUCUUGAAGGAGGGGCAAAUUGUUAUUGAUACGAUUCUUGACGACCUUAAUUAUUUGCUCAAAAGUGGCGAAAUUCCAUUUAUUUACUCUUUGGAAGAAAAACAGGAACUUUUGGAUGUAGUGCGAGCCAGCAUGCAAGAAGAACAACCAAACAUAGACGAAAGUUCCGAAUCAAUUUUUCUCUACCACCAAAAACGUUGCAAGGAAAAUCUACAUAUUAUAUUUUCAUUUAAUUCCGCCAAUUCCAAAUUUCGAGAUUAUAUCAAACAGUAUUCUUCCCUCCGUAAGUUUUGUGAAAUCAAUUAUUUGAAAAAGUGGCCGAAAGAAGCACUUGAAUCGAUUGCCAAAGUCUGGAUACAAGACUUAAAUAUCAACGAUGAAACAAAAAGCAAAGUUGUAAACGCGUUCAGUUACUUCCACCAAGAGGGUGAACAAAUUUCCAACGGGGUGCAUGUAACACCAGGAUCGUACUUAGAAUUUAUCCGACUUUAUGUGGAUUUGGUGAAUUUUAAGCAGAAGAAAAUACAGGAUGUUAAACAGAGGUAUUUGGCAGCUUUGGAAAAAUUGUCAUUUGCUGCGCUCCAAAUUUCCGAAAUGCAAAAAUCUCUCGCCGACUACCAGCCCCAGCUUGAAGCCAUGACGGUCAAGGCGAUUGAAAUGGCCAAACAAAUCGAAACCGAAACCAACGAAGUCGAAAAAGCGUCAAACCUUGUCAAAAAAGACGAAGCCACGGCCAACGAACAAGCCGCCGCUGCCCAAAUUCUAAAACUGGAUUGUGAAGCUGACUUGGCACAAGCAAUCCCAAUCCUAGAAGACGCAAUCUCAGCUUUAAACACUCUCAAACCGACUGAUAUAACCCUAGUAAAGUCAAUGAAAAAUCCACCUGAUGCCAUCAAACUAGUAAUGGCAGCUGUCUGCGUUAUCAAGGACGUCAAACCAGACAGAAUCCCCGAUCCCUCAACCGGGCGCAAAAUUAUAGAUUACUGGGGCCCCAGCAAGAGAAUUUUAGGCGAUAUGAACUUCCUACAAACCCUCAAAGACUUUGACAAGGACAACAUCAAACCAGAAAUUAUGGUCAAAAUUCGCAAGGAUUAUCUCCCCCACAAGGAUUUCAAACCCCACACUGUGGCUAAAGCAUCAAGUGCCGCCGAAGGUCUGUGCAAGUGGAUCAUCGCAAUGGACAUGUACGACAAAGUGGCAAAAGAAGUGGCACCCAAGAAAGAAAAACUGGAAAAAGCUGAGCGGGAAUACGGCGUAACUAUGGCCAUCCUGAACGAAAAAAAGGAGCAAGUGACACGGAUUGAGCAAAAAUUGGCCGAUUUGAACGCCCUCCUCAAAGAAGCGACACGCAAGCAGCAGAAACUGCAACGAGACGUUGAUAUUUGCAAAAAGAAGCUGAACCGGGCGCAGAAACUCAUUGGAGGUUUGAGUGAAGAGAAAAUAAGGUGGACUAAUGCCGUUGAACAUUUGGAAAAGCAGGAUUUUUGCCUUCCCGGAGAUAUGUUACUCUCGAGUGCACUUAUUGCGUAUCUGGGGCCUUUCAAAUGUGACCAAAGACAAGCCACUUUGUCACUUUGGGUUAACUAUGUCCGAGAAAAUGAGAUUUUGUUUAAGGAAGACUAUCGGUUUAUUGAAGCGUUUGAGAAGGAUUUGGAUUACGAUAGGUGGCACUUGAACGGUUUACCGACCGAUAACUUUUUUUUGGAAAAUGGGAUUAUUGGAAAAUUUGCCAAGAGAUGGGUUUUAUACAUUGAUCCCCAAAACCAGGCAAACACUUGGAUCAAAAUCAAUGAAAAACAAAACGGUGUAAGAGUCACCAAAUUUACAUGUCCUGAAUACAUGACUACUUUGAAAGAAUGUGUCACGACUGGAACUCCCCUCUUGAUUGAAAAUGUAGACGAGGUUAUUAAACCGUUUUUGGUUAAUUUGAUGACAAAAACCACUUUUUUCAAAAAUGAAAAUGAGUUUAUAGACAUUGGAGGACACGUGGUUGAAUAUAACCAAAAGUUUGUGCUUUACAUGACCACUGAUUUGAAAUUUCCGAAAUACGGCCCUGAAAUUUAUGACAAACUCACAAUAGUCGACUUCGGCAUGACUAGAUUCUCUUUGGAUGAACAUUUACUGACUUGUGUGGUCGAAGUCGAGAAACCAACUUUGAAAAGACUGAAGAAAACGCUAAAUACUGAACGGAAACGUAACAAGGACGCUCUUUACAACAUAGAAGAGAGAAUCCUAAAAACGCUUUCUGAGUCAACCACUGACAUUCUAGAAGACGAGGCGGCUUUGCAAAUUCUGGACGAAUCAAAAAUUUUAUCCAAAAGCAUCCAACAGAAGCAAGAAGCUUUAAUGGAGAUUGAAAUCACACUUAAGACGUUUAGGGCAGGUUAUGAAACAGUGUCCAAACAUGCCACAAAUUUGUACUUCACAUCGUUCCAACUCGCGAAAAUCAACCACAUGUACCAGUUUUCGUACAAAUGGUUCAUUGAAGUGUACUCCGAGUCCAUACAAAAGGCCCAAAAGUUUAAAGAUCUGGCACAAAGACGCGCUAGUUUAAUAGAAACGCUGACAUAUGAACUGUAUUGUAAAAUUUCGAGAGGGAUUUUUGAGAGGGACAAAUUGCUUUUCUCUUUCCUGCUCUGCACGAAUUUAUUAGUAGCAGAGAAGAAAAUUCGUUUGAAGGAAAUCGAACUGUUGGUUAAUCCUGACGUAACUGCCGAGGAAUCAGUCGGACCUGGCUGGUUGCCUCAAAAAAUUUGGCACAGUAUUUGCAGUCUGAACGCAGUUGUGGCAAAUUUUCCGCAAUUUUUUGCCGUCAAUCAGGGACAUUUUAGGAAAAUUUUUGAGAGCGCAGCUCCCGAGAACGAAUUUUUCCCAAACAGUGCGAGUUUUACAAAGUUACUAAUUCUCAGCCGCUUGAGACCUGACCGACUUAACCGUGGCAUUACUCAGUUUGUGUCUAACGAAUUGGGUGACAAAUACGUGAAACCUCCAUUUUUUGACAUUGGGGUUUCCUUCAUCGAGUCCCACAUUUUGUCCCCUUUAGUUUUUAUCACCCAAGAGGGGAGUGAUCCAAUCAGCUCUCUUCUAAAUUUCGCUAAAACGAAGCAUUUCGAUAACAAAUUAACCCUGAACUGUAUUAAAAGUGGCCAGGAAGACGCUUUUGAGGCCGUUAUUGACAAAGGCAAAGCUUUGGGGCUGUGGGUUUGCUUACAAAACUGCCAUUUACUCACUUCUUAUCUUCCACUGCUUGACUUAAAAUUGGAAGAAAUUGAUUAUAGCAACACGCAUGAGAACUUCAGACUGUGGCUUACGACAAACGAAACGGACAAGUUUCCAAUUUCGUUACUGGAACGUAGUGUGAGAGUUACAAAAGAGGCCCCAAACCCGAUCAAGCGAAAAAUCACAAAUUUGUUUUUGAACGACCCAAUUAACUGCCCCAGAUUUUUUAACAAGUGUCCUGGGCGGCAUGAGAUUUUUGUGCGACUUUUGUAUAGUCUAACUUUCUUACACUGCGUUCUUGAGGAAAGAAACAAAUUUGGUCCUUACGGGUGGAACGUGCUGUACAAAUUUACCGAAAGUGAUUUUUUGAUUUCCAUAGAAGAGUUGCAAUGGAUUAUCAAUAAUCGGCCCGAACCUUUAGAGGAAAUUGUUUAUUGUAUGGAAAAAUGUACGUACGGUGGUUACGUAAGCAAUGAAGUGGAUAAGAGACUCUUUGGGGUUGUUGUAAGAGACUUUCUCAGUACGUCUGAUGCAAUUAUUAGUCUUCCGUAUAAAACGGACUUUCAAGAUUGUAUCAAUCACAUUGAAAAGUUGCCCGACAAUGAGCAAAGCGAAAUUUUUGGGUUACACGAAAACUAUGAGAGUGUGAGAGGGUUGGGACAAUCUAAAUUGAUCUUGAAAUCAAUUCGAACCGUUUUCAACGACAUGAUUUACGAGAGAGAAACACCAAAUAUUUCCAGUCUUGUCAAAGAAUUGCUUGAGCAGAUUCCUCCAGAUUGUGUCAGUGAGACAAAAACUAACGAUUCAAUUGUCAGUUUACUAGUAAUGCAAGAAAUCAAGUAUUACAAAAAUCUGCUCAACACAAUACAAAAGUCGCUUCAAGACUUGCAAAAAGUGGUCGAUCGUAGUUCGUUAAUGACGGAUAAUUUGGAACAACUUUGUCAUUCGCUCAUGAAAAAUGAAACACCAGUCGUUUGGCUACAAAAAUCGCAUUCGAGUUCCCGCAGCGUCUCAAGUUUUGUAAAAGACCUAAUUAGAAGGAUUGACUAUUUUAAAAAUUUUUCCUACGCGUUAGAUGAAAGUGUCUGGUUGGGUGGUUUUUUCAACCCUAAAGCAUUUUUAACAGCUAUUAAAAUUGCCUAUAGUAAAGAACAAUUAGUUCCAGUCGAUGAAAUUUUUUUCCAAAUUAAAAGUGUGUGCGAAAAAACUGAUAAAAGUGUUGUAGUGGAUGGACUCCAUUUAAUUGGAGCUAGCUGGGAUGAAAAAACUCAGUGUUUGAACGAGUUGUCGGGAAAAGUUAUCCAACAAGCAUUGCCACCCGUUUUGUUUGUUUUCACAAUUAAUUGUAACGAAUUAUAUAAAUGUCCACUUUAUAAAAGUGCAAAUGAUUUUCAUGGUUUGGAGAAUUCAUCAAAUUUUAUCAACCCUGUGUUAAUGCACACAGACAGGAGAGCUGAUCACUGGAUUAGGAGAGGAACAGCUCUGUUGUGCCACCUUUAAUUGUCAAUAAAAUUGUGGUUUAUUUCGCCAAUUGGGCCCGAGUUUUUUAAAAAUUCCCCCGAGAUAGUGUCGUCUCCGACGCUGCUGCGAUUCAUCCUCAAC